GGAGCACUGUGGAGAUUAAUGAAGGUCCAAUCUCGCCUCUGCCCACUCACAGUGACCCAGUCCCGCAGCUGAACCAGCUCCUCCAAGGCGAGUGGGGCAGAUUUGGCCCCGAAACAAGCGAAACUAAUCAAACGUUUCGAGUUUCAACGACGCUAACCGUAGCUAACGGUCUUCGCGAGAAUUUACGGUCCGUUCAUUGGAGGCUAAUCCACGCCCUGCAUCGUGAAGACACAGGCGGGGCACUAGCGGGCUUGAGCACAGCCGAGCUGGGCUGGGCUGGGCUGUCAGCUCACAGGUCAUCGUUUUGCUCAGCUCCUCGAAUUCCCUCGAGUGCUGACUUUUGUUCUGUUUCUGUUGUCUCUCUCGAGGUACGAUUCUUUGAGCCGAUGGGUUCUCUCACGACAAUGUUGUUGGCCUUUGCUCUUCUCGCGUUGCACCUCAGCGCUCCCACCAAUGGACAACAUUUGUUGCCUGGCGAGCUAUCGGCCGCAGUUGCGAAUGCGACAAUCGGGAACUGUCAGCACGCUUGCGCACAACUGCAAGCCCCCACCGACCUCCCGGCGGAUUUCGCAAAGGGAUACUUUGCAACCCAACAACAAGAGAUCAGGCCACUAUGCGUCGUGCAACCAGAAUCGCCCGAGGACGUAUCGCGCGCCGUCCAAGUCGUGCGCGAACACCAGUGCCGGUUUGCGGUCAAGGGUGGAGGACAUGGGAACCAUGCUGGCGCAUCGAGUAUUCAGGAUGGGCUGCUGAUUGACAUGAGUCGGUUCAGCGGCGUGACGCUCUCUGCCGAUGAGUCGAUUGCGGGGCUUGGUGCUGGCGCGCGCUGGAUAGAUGUUUAUAAGGUCCUCGAGGAGAAGGGGCUUACCGUGGUCGGCGGGCGCUCUUCUACGGUUGGUGUGGGAGGGUUUACGCUUGGAGGCGGCAUAUCCUUCCUCUCCCGCCGCUACGGCUGGGCCGUCGACAACGUCGCAAACUACGAGCUCGUCCUCGCAAACGGAACAAUCACAAACGUGAACCAAUCUUCGCAUCCGGACCUCUAUUUCGCGCUCCGCGGCGGCGGCAACAACUUUGGAAUCGUCACCCGCUUCGACUUUGAGACGCGCCGUCACAGCCUCGUCUCUGGCGGGACAACCGUCUUCCUCAUGCAGGAUCUCGAGGAACGCAGGGCCGCGCUGGGCUUAGAGGACCGGUGGGAGUUGUCGAAGAAUUCGAUUCUCAACCAGGUUAACAAGCACCUUUUCCGGGCAAUUGGGAGGUUCGGUCUUUCGGUUCAUUCGAGAGAUGUGAUUCGGGCAUUCGUCGCGCUCGCCGAUGAGAGCCAGACGGAUGCGGGUGCCCACGCUUACUUGUUCUUGUCGUGGGUGCCGAGCUAUCAUGCGUAUUUCUACGGCAUGACGACGCUGUAUAGCGGUCCUGAAGCAAGCCCGGCUGUAUUCCAGAACAUCAGCUCCAUGAAGAGGCUAUACACGACGCAGAGGACGACAAAUAUCAGCGACUUUGCGAAUGAGAUCGAUGCGCAGAAUAUGGAUUUGGUCAACCGGCGGAACAUCUGGAGAACCGUCACCCUCAAAGUCGACGCCGAUCUCAUGUCGGACAUCUUGGACAUCUUUCUCUCCGCCGUGCAUCCGUACACCUCUAUCCCGGACACAAUCAUGUCGUGCAACAUGCAGAUGCUCACGAAGCAUGAGAUUGAGAUCUUCGCCAAGAAUGGAGGCAACGCUUUGGGAAUUCGUCCGGAGGAUGGGCCAUUGUUUGUCUUCACCCUUACGCCUGGUCAUUCGAUUGCGGCACACGAUGCGCGGUUCGAAGCGUUGAACGAUGAAAUUAUGGGUAAGGUCAUCUCUAUAGCGAAGGAGCGUGGUCUGUAUCAUCCGUUCAUCUACCAGAACUAUGCUGGCCCGGGGCAGGAUGUUUUUGCUGGAUAUGGAGCAGAGAAUCGCGCGAGGCUGUCGGAGAUUCAAAAGAGGUAUGACCCAGAGGGGGUCUUUUGGAAAUUGCAGCCGGGGUAUUUCAAGGUGUAAUGUUCAGGUGCAAAUUAUUCAUCUUUAUCAAGUUCAAUACAGACAGAUUAGAUGGGUCUAUGGUACUUGACGUUCAACUAGCCAAUAUUGUUCUAUUUUCUACUCAACACAAGGCUUCAAAGACGCCCUGGAUUGCCAAACUCACUCAUCUCUCAGCUAUUGCCGUCUAUGCUCCAUAAUCCGCGAAACCUCCCCCCUAAACCCCCUCUCCAGCGCCAAACACUCGGCGUCAUUAUACGGCAGAAGCUGCGUCGCAAAGAUCGUCGCAGCGCCCGACUCCCG